AAUAACAUGAACGUCGUCUGGCCACACUGACGCCUAUGUGCAUGGAAAAAAGAACAAGACAAGGAACUUUUUGCUUGAACAGAAUAUUUGCUUAAACAUGGAUAAUUUCGGGUUUGGAGGAGUCGAGCUCAGCAAAGGGCAAAUGUUCCAAGUGCUGAUUCGUUUAUCGGUGGCUACCCUGAUAACGUAUUAUUCUGUGAAAUGGAUGAUGAACCAAUUGGACCCGACAAGUAAAAAUAAGAAAAAAGCCAAAGUCCUAGCAGAAGAGCAGUUGAAGAGGCUGGCCGAGAAGGAUGGUUUUAAGUUGAAUCCCCAGGAAUUUAACGACUACGAGUUAAUGAUUGCGUCACAUCUUGUUGUUCCGGCCGACAUAACAGUCAGUUGGUCUGAUAUCGCCGGAUUGGAUACUGUCAUUCAGGAGCUCCGCGAAUCGGUGGUUUUGCCGGUGCAGCACAAAGACCUCUUCAAGCGCUCUAAACUUUGGCAGGCACCCAAAGGCGUUCUACUUCACGGGCCGCCGGGCUGCGGAAAAACACUUAUAGCCAAGGCCACUGCAAAAGAGGCGGGAAUGCGCUUUAUCAAUUUGGACGUCGCCAUACUCACCGAUAAGUGGUACGGGGAAUCCCAGAAAUUGACUUCCGCCGUAUUUUCGCUAGCUGCAAAAAUCGAGCCCUGCAUUAUUUUUAUUGACGAAAUCGAUUCCUUCCUUCGUUCCCGCAACUUAAACGACCAUGAGGCCACCGCCAUGAUGAAAACCCAGUUUAUGAUGCUGUGGGAUGGCCUGAGCACGAAUUCCAACUCGACCGUAAUUGUAAUGGGAGCCACAAACAGACCUCAGGAUCUGGACAAAGCCAUUGUACGUCGCAUGCCAGCACAAUUCCACAUCGGCUUGCCUUCCGAACAGCAGAGAAUCGACAUACUUAAACUAAUCCUGCAAUCAGAGGAAAUCAGUCAAGAUGUCGACCUUAAUCGCCUUUCCAAGCUUACAAAUGGAUUCUCGGGAUCAGACCUUCGGGAAAUGUGCCGAAAUGCAUCAGUUUUCAGGAUGAGGCAGCUCAUUGGGACAGCUGAUCCAUCUGGUGUAGCUCUGGAUCGAAAUAACGUUAACAUCACAAUGGAUGAUCUGCUAAGCUCACACUUAAAAAUUAAGGAGUCCAAGAUGCACACGGGAAGUCUAUUUUUAGAGAAUAGAAUCGAGUUAGACUAAGUUCAUUUGUCUAUUUAAUAGCAGUCAAUAUAUCCAAAAACUAAUAUAGUUUUAAUAAACUUUUUCAUUUUUGUUUGCCAGAAACCUUAA